AUGCAUCCCCAGACAAACCCCACAGCUCCUGACACGGACAACGAACUUGACUCAUUCUUCCGGAGCCCCUUCAAGAAGGCUAAAAGAUCCUCUCCCCAUGAGAUGAGACCCAGCGACAAUGACGACCCAACAAUCCUACUUAGCAACCGAUUCCAGCCUCUUGCCACCAAGGAUGAUGAGCCACCCCAGACACAGACGCUGACAACUCAUACUACGGAUGACGCUCCUAACAAGCCCAACACUCCAAAGACAAGGCCCCCCCCAAUCACGGUCGCAAAUGUCACGAAGCCUGUUCAACUCCUGGACACCCUCGCCAAGAUGUGUGCCGGCCCAGUACAAGGGAAAAUCACCGGAGAUGAUCUCCAAAUCUACCCGUCUCUCAUGGACGAUUACGAUCUCAUCGAAGGAUAUCUGCACGAUAAGCAACUACAAUAUCACAGCCGCACCCUCCCUUCCAAGAGGCCCCUCAAGGUAGUAAUCCGUGGUCUCCCGCUAACCCACCCUACUGACGAGCUCAUGAAUGACUUGAAAGGUCUCGGAUUUGACGUGACAAAGGUACUCCAAAUGCAAGUCGGACCAGAGAAAAAGCCCCUACCUCUCUUCAUAGCGGUAAUUAACAAGAGGGACAAUACUGAUGACGUCCUCGGAGUUAGCCACAUUGGCUAUCUCCGCAUUUCCGUCGAGCGUCUCCGGCCAAAGACUGCACCCAUACAGUGCUACAAAUGCCAAAGAUAUGGACACACCGCAUCCAAAUGCUACAGGACCCCUCGCUGCCUGAAGUGCGCCAAGGAGCACCGUUCAUUUGAAUGCACCAAGGACCCCUCCACGCCAGCUUGCUGCGCCCUAUGCGGGGGCGCCCAUCCUGCCAACGCUCCAGUGUGCCCGGAGAAGCCGAAGCCAAGAAUGCCCAGGACCCCGAAGACCUUUCCUGCCCAGGACGGUAAUGCUUGGACCCGUAGGACCCGCAGUACAGCUGCCACGGAUUUCCUCCCAAGACCAGUUGCUCUGCAACAGUUAUCCAAUCCAGGACAAGACAUGGGGCAACUCAUGUCGCUGAUGACGCAAGUUCUCCAUCAACUUCAGGCCCAGCAGCAACAAAUCAACGCCCUUAUAAGCGUGUCUCGAUUUAUUGAAUUUAUCUCCUUCGUGUUUCUAAAACCGUGCAUUGUUUUUGUCUCAUUUCAGUUGGAAAACGCCAUCAUAAUUACAGAAAAAUCCCGCAGGCAUAACAUUAAAUAUCAGGGACAACAGAUAAUUUUUGAAGCCAGAGUGGAUCCGGAUCGCCUGCCGUCCACAGCAAAUGGAGUCCCGUUGAUAACGAUUCUAGGAGUUGUCCGGGAGCUGUUUGAGAUGCUGAUUGCGAGGACCACCUCUGAUUUGGCUCCAGUCGAUCUCAUCCGAUUUUGCAUUCAAUCGGAUGAUUUAGACGUCCCAAUCUCCACAACACUGAUGCGAGUAUCCGAUCUCACCGUGGAAAAGAUGCUGGCAGCAGUGUUAAAGGUGCUUCAAUCCAAGAAGCAUAUAAAAUUAGAUACAACGUUCAGCGUGGACGUUGUAACUAUCAGGAGACCUGUUGGAGCUGGGAGAAGAAGAUUCGUCAACCCAGACGUGGAUAAACUUCUGAAGACGUCGAUUCUUGCCAUCCCCAGCGACGACCUGGGACUAUGCUGUGCCAAAGCAAUCGUCUUUGCCCUAGCCCAUUUGCACGCGGAUGUCACGGCGAUCAAUGCCCUGAAGAGAAAGGAUCGACCGGCAUUGACGACACGAGCAAUGGACUUGCACAAGGCAGCUGGUGUACCCCUGGGCCAGUGUACAUACCGGGAGAUUGCCAUUUUUGAGCAACAUUUGAAUGUGCAAAUUGUGGUAUUUUCCUCAGAAAAUUUAAAUAAGGUAUCUUACAAAGGGCAAAAUCGACCGGAGCGGAUUAACCUUUAUCUUCACCAAGGCCAUUAUGAUGUAAUCAAGGGGCUGAAGGGGUUUUAUAGCUCAAACUUCUAUUGCGAGCACUGCGAGAAGCCGUUUAAUAACCGGGAAAAUCACCGAUGUCCAGAGGCGUGCUACAUAUGCUUACGCAGGGAAUGUUUGCCUGGGGAAAAUAUACGGUGCACCGACUGCGGUAGACUUUGCAGAUCGACUGAUUGCUUUGACACACACAAAGCUUGCUCUUCAAAACAGCAGAAAUCUUUGUGUGAUAAAGUAUAUCAAUGCGAUCGCUGUUGCAAAGUAAUACAGCGUCAGAAAUGCCCCAGAGAACUUCACCGUUGCGGAACUACGAUGUGUCCGUCUUGUGAGGUAUAUGUAGUUGCUUCGGAGCAUCGAUGCUUCUUGAAGAAAGUGGCACCUAAAACCCCAAACGAAAAAUUAAUAUUUUUCGACUUUGAGACAGAUCAAGCCAGUGGAGAACACAAAGUGAACUUCGCCUUGGCACAGUAUCAGGACAAGACGGAGAAAGUGUUUAAAGGCUACUCUGCUUGUCACGACUUUUGCUCCUGGCUAUUUUCCCCAGAGCAUAAAGGAUAUACGGCGAUAGCGCAUAACAUGAAAGGGUAGGUCUUUUUCUUUCAAAAAAUUUUUUUUGAACAAUAGUAUGUGCUUUUUUUUUGUUUGCUUAUAAAAAUCUGUUAUUUUUAUUAGG